CCCCUCUCUCAUCGCCGCUCCUACCCCCGUCCCUCGGCGCCGCCAGGAGGACCAGUUGGCGUCAUGGAAGAGACACCUCCACGGCGGCCUUCCGCCGCCGUCCUCCUGGUCUUGCUAUUAAUAUCCUUACCAGCCUUCGUAGUCUCCGCUCCGAUCAACGCCCCCGCCAACUCCGGCGCCUUCACGCCGCCGGACAACUACCUCUUCGAUUGCGGCAGCCCCACCCCUACGACCGGCAACCGUGUCUUCGUCGGCGAUCCUGAAUCCGGUAAAUUUAUAGCCUACACCGGCACCCCAAUGGCUGCGGCGGCGCCGCAGCCGGACCCGACCGUGCCCUCGCCGAUCUACAACACUGCUAGCGUGUUCGAGAGCGUCGCGACGUACACUUUCCACGUGACCCGACCCGGAUGGCACUGGAUCCGGCUCCAUUUCGCCCCGGUCGAGAACAACAUCGGGAAGGAUCUCAAAACCGCUAAAUUCAAGGUCACGACGGAGCGCCUCGUGUUGAUACAGAGCUUCGAGAACCCCCUGAGUGCCACAUGGAGCAUGAGGGAGUUUCUCGUCAACGUUACAAAAGAGCGAUUUUCCAUUGCGUUCACACCCAACGCGGGGAGCUUUGCCUACGUCAGCGCCAUUGAGUUCACGUCCGCGCCGGAUAUCUUGCUCGGUAAUAACGCUGCCGCCGUUUUCCCUAAGGGUGAUUAUUCCGGGUUGGCGAAUGUGGCGUAUCAGACGGCUUACCGUCUUAACUCUGGCGGCCCGUUGAUCACGGCGCAAAAUGAUACCCUAGGGCGGAAUUGGGAGCCCGAUCAGCCAUACCUUGAUCCCAAAUUCAUGGGAUCGACUGCUUCCGUUAAACCUAACGUGAUAACCUACCCCGAGGGCGAGUCGCCGCUCAUCGCGCCGCCAAUGGUUUAUGCCACCGCCACCCAAAUGGCGGACGCCAACGUUCAGGUUCCCAGUUUCAACAUUACAUGGAGAAUCAAGGUCGACCCAUCAUUCCAAUAUUUCAUUCGCCUCCACUUUGCCGAUAUCGUGAGCAAGGCUGUGAACGAGCUAUACUUCAACGUGUACCUGAACGGGAAACCUGCCAUCACCGGACUCGAUCUGUCGACGGUGGCUGGCGGCCUGAGCGCAGCAUAUUUCGCGGACUUCGUGUUGAACUCAAGUAUGGUUACAGAACUGGAUCCGUUGACAAUCCAAAUAGGGCCGAUGAGCCAAAACGUGGGCACCAAAAAUGCCCUUCUCAACGGCAUUGAGGUGUUCAAGAUGAACAAUUCCGUAGGCAGUUUGGAUGGAGAGUUUGGCGUCAAUGGUGAACGACUCAGUGGCGGCGUCAACGGAACAGUUGCUGCAGUGGGGUUCGCAAUGAUGUUCGGUGCGUUCAUCGGAUUAGGCGCGAUGGCUGUGAAGUGGAAGAAGAGACCUCAGGAUUGGCAAGAGAGGAAUAGUUUUUCUUCUUGGCUGCUACCCAUUCACGCGGGAGAUGCUAGCUUUUUGUCAGGCAGCAAGAAUUCUUUAGGCUCGAAAAAAAGCCAGGUUUUCUCUUCCAACAUGGGUUUAGGCCGAUAUUUCUCUUUUGCCGAGCUGCAGGAGGCGACCAACAACUGGGAAUCCACUGGCAUCGUGGGAGUUGGUGGCUUCGGAAACGUGUAUCUUGGAACCAUCGACGACGGGGUGAAAGUGGCGGUGAAGCGAGGAAAUCCACAGUCGGAGCAGGGGAUCAACGAGUUCCAGACAGAGAUCCAGAUUUUGUCGAAGCUCAGGCAUCGCCAUCUCGUCUCGUUGAUUGGCUACUGUGACGAGAACGCUGAGAUGAUCCUCGUCUAUGAAUUCAUGGCAAACGGACCUCUUAGAGACCAUCUCUACGGCAAGGAUCUUCCCACAUUAUCAUGGAAACAGAGGCUUGAGGCAUGCAUCGGCGCUGCUCGCGGUCUGCAUUAUCUCCACACAGGCGCAUCUCAAGGCAUCAUCCACCGCGACGUCAAGACCACAAACAUUUUACUGGAUGAGACCCUCGUGGCCAAGAUGGCCGACUUUGGCCUCUCCAAGGACGCCCCAGGGGCCGAGCAAACUCACGUCAGCACGGCCGUCAAGGGCAGCUUCGGCUACCUCGACCCCGAGUACUUCAGAAAACAACAACUUACAGAUAAAUCGGACGUAUACUCAUUUGGGGUCGUGCUAUUUGAGGCGCUCUGUGCCCGUCCUGCCAUCAACCCUGCAUUGCCCAGGGAGCAGGUGAACCUGGCUGAAUGGGCAAUGCAGUGGAAGAGGAAGGGCCUCCUCGAAAAGAUCAUAGAUCCAACAUUGGUGGACCACAUCAGCCCCGAGUCUAUGGCCAAAUUCGCCGAGGCUGCCGAGAAAUGCUUGGCAGAGUACGGGGUGGACAGGCCCACCAUGGGCGAUGUGCUAUGGAAUUUGGAGUAUUCGCUUCAGAUGCAGGAGUCAUGGCUGCAGGAACACGGAGAUGCGGCAGCGACCCCGUCUUCGCCUCACCAGGAAAACACUCCUGCUUCUGCGGUGGUGCCUGAGCCUGCGCCACUGACUGCAGCAGAUAUUAUUCCGCCGUCAACAAUUGGGGAGGGUAGAGCUCCAGGUGAAGAAGUUCAAGCCAUCGAAGAGCACUCCGGAACUGCCAUGUUCGCGCAAUUUGCAGCUCUCAACGGCCGCUAGAUGUCACGAGAUCCUCCAUUCUAAAUUUUAUUUCAUCUAUUACUGUGGUUUUAUCAGUACAUGCCGUGUGUGAGUGGAAAAGAUCCUAUAUUCUAUACCAUUUUGGUUGUGUAAGCUCUUGAUUGUUACAAUAUGAAACCAAUAUUGUUAUGUGGGGAAUACAACCAUAGCUAUCUUUUUAUU